AUGGAGUUUACUAGGCGUUACCUGCCAAUGGAAUGGGAAGAACGAUGGAGGAGAGAGAAGGAGAGGAGGAAAAGAGUUAUUGAAGAAGGUGGUGAAGGUAUAGAACAAGACAACCGCGAGCUGAGAAGGAUUGUUGCUUACAAUGACUCCAGAAUGGGUUUGACAAGUAGGAGGACUACAAAAGAGAGCUCAAACAUCAGAAUGAGUGGUACAACAAAGGAAGGAAUUGGGGAGCAUUUGAUCGAUGAGAGUUUGGGGGCUGAAGGGCAUAAUGUCCACACGUGCCUCGGCACAACCUACCCUAAAGAGGUGUUUAUAGCCCUGAAAGAAUUUUUGGAUUCAUCUCUUCUCACAGACCUAAAUCUGACAACUGAGAAUCAGAAAAGCUUCCAUGUGCACUCCCUUAUCUUGGCUGCUGUCAGCAGCUUCUUUCUGGAAAGAAUAAGAGGCAAAAGUGAGGAAAAAUCAGACAGUGAUGGGGAUUUUGGAGUACAGCGGUGGACCAUACAUUUGGGUUCUGAAGUUGACCUUAUUGGGCUUCAGGGUGUUGUGGAGUUUGCCUACACUGGGGUUGUGUCAUCUUUGAACAGUGACAAUAUGGCUCAAAUCAAGGGUGCAGCUCAAGUCCUGAGAGUCCCAAGACUUUUGGAUCUCUGUAACAAUGAGCAAAAAAAGAAGAACAGUGAAUGUUUCAAGAAAGACGCACAAGAAAUCUCUGCUCUACAACAAAUGAAGAUUACCCUUCAGUCCAUUGAACAGCUGUGGGCAGACAGAGUGGGGUGUGAUGUGAUUUUGGAUGUGGAUGGCACUUUUUUCCAUGUCCACAGAGUUAUGCUGGCAGCAAGCAGCGAUUACUUCCGAGGCAUGUUCACAUCUGGAAUGAAGGAAUCCCAUCAGAGUUGUGUUGCCCUUCCUUUCCUGCCUGUGUCUGAAUUAGAGGCUCUUAUCAACUAUUCCUACACUGGUACCCUUCUACUUAGUUGGGACUCAGUUUUCGAGAUCAUGUGCAUGGCUCUUCAGCUUCAAUUCCAAUCUACUGUCUCAGUUUGCCUCAACUUUAUGCAAAACAAAAUACAGGCAAGCUCUUGUCUGGAUGUGGCAUCUUUUGCUGAAGCUUAUGGAAUGUCAGAGCUCCUUGAAGAGGCCAAUGACUUUGUACUGAGGAACUUCAUGGAAGUGUCAGGCACAGCAAAGUUUAAAGACCUACCAGCAGAAAAGCUUCUAGAUUACCUUCGCUGUGAUGGUCUUUGUGUGCCUUCAGAGUUGGCUGCAUUUCGAGCUGUAAUCUCAUGGAUUGAGGGUGAUCCUGAGGAGAGAUUGGCACAUGCAGCCUUACUCAUGACUGGUGUUCGCUUCCCCCUCAUGACCUUUCGAGAGUUCCGAGAAGUCAGAGCUAUUAACCUACGUAUGGAGUGCUUUGGAAACAAAGAGGUAGAACUCUAUGGUUCAGCGCUUAAAGAAUUUGGUUUCAGCCUUCCAAAGUCUCAGGAUCACUGUCGCAUCAGGAGACCGAAAGAUGCUGUGGUUCUGGUUGGAGGAGACCAACUGAAUCCAGAUGUUGGUCAGCGCAUACCAAGCAGGGAAGUGUGGUUUGCAAACUCCCUCCACAGUGGCACAGGGUUGGUGAAAGAGAUUGAGUGGAGGAGAUUAGGUGAAAUUCCAGAUAAACCAAAGUUUAGGCAUGGAGUUGCAGUAAUGGAUGGGAGGCUAUAUGUAGUUGGAGGAUGUUACUUUUAUGCAAAGGAUGACAUCAUGAAAUCUGCCUACAGUUAUGACCCAGUGACAGACAGCUGGAAGAGGCUGGCAGACAUGCAGGAGUUCAGAAGCAACGUCUCAGUUGUGGUACAUGAAUCGCAACUUUACGCCAUUGGUGGAGAUAAGGACAUCAACACCAACAUAGACAGUGUUGAGAUGUACAGUCCAGACACUGACUCCUGGAGCUUCGUCCGACCACUGGACCAGGCUCUUAGUGGCCAUGCUGCUGUUGUCACUAAUGGAGGGAUUUUCAUCUCUGGAGGUUUCAACUGCAAGUAUGAGUGUCUUGUUUCCACAUUUCUGUACCACCCGGAGAGAGGAACCAUCUACCUGGCAGACAUGACCUUUGACAGAGCCCAGCAUUGCAUGGAAGCCCUACAAAGCCAUCUAUAUGUUGCCGGUGGAGUCUGUAACCUAAGGAAGUUUUACACUGACCAACAAGCUUGCGAGGUGUAUGAUCCUGUGGAGGAUUCCUGGACUACCUUUGCAUCACUGCCCGUGCCCCAUGUUGGUGCAGCCUCUGUUGUUCUUGAAGAGAAGAUCUAUGUACUGGGUGGGUACUGUCAGGAUGACUACAGUGAGUCCGCACUAGUCCACCGCUUUGAUCCCAUCAUGCAGCGAUGGGAGAACAUGGGCAAACUACCAGGAGCUGUUACAGACAUUCGAGCUUGUCUGAUGCACCUGCCGCAGCACCUCAGACAGUAA